AUGUCUGAAGUUACUCUUUUCGAUUCCAAAUACCUUUCUCCUGAAGUUCAAGCUGCUCUACCAAAGGGACAUACCCUUCGUGCACUUCGCUCAAACGAUUAUGAACGCGGAUUUUUAAAGGUGCUCGAAGUUUUGACAGAAGUUGGUAACCACACCAAAGAAGAAUUCACAGAACAAUUCAACUACUUGAAGAAACAUAACCAUGAAUAUUUUACUAUUACCAUUACUGAUGACGCCAAGGACAAAGUUGUUGCCGUCGGUACCAUUUUCAUUGAAAGAAAGUUUAUUCGUAAAAACGGUCUUGUCGGUCACAUUGAAGAUAUUGCAGUCGAUAAAAAUCAACAAGGAAAGAAAUUGGGUCUGAGAAUUAUUCAAGCACUUAAAUAUAUUGGCGCAAAGAAUGGAUGUUAUAAAGUCAUUUUGGAUUGUUCAGAAAAGAAUGUACCCUUUUACGAAAAGUGUGGAUUUAAUAGAAAAGAAGUUGAGAUGGCUUGGUAUGUGCCUAGCACUGAAAAAGCUCGUUUGUAA